CGCACUUUCUCUCUCUAUAAUUUUCAGUUUGCUGCAGCUGCAUUCCUUUGUUAUACAAAAACGUAACUGAAUUUUCCGGCGUCGUUUUUUGCCCGGACAAUGGCGUCGCUAUACGUCGGCGACCUUCACGACUCUGUGACCGACGGGCAACUCUACGAAGCAUUCUCAGAGUUCAAAAACCUCGUUGACGUUCGCGUCUGUCGCGACUCUUCUACCGGCCGUUCCCUCUGUUACGGCUACGUUAACUUCAUUUCUUCUGAAGACGCUGUGCGUGCUAUUGAGGUGAAAAAUCAUUCCACCCUCAAUGGAAAAGCUAUAAGGGUUAGUUGGUCCCGUCGUGAUUCUGUUGUGAGAAGAAGUGGAACUGGAAAUGUAUUCAUCAAGAAUCUAAAUGAUGUAAUUGACAGCACGAAGCUUGAAGAAAUAUUCCAGAAGUUCGGAAAUAUCUUAUCCUGUAAAGUUGCUGUUUCUGAGGAUGGAAGGAGUAAAGGAUUUGGCUUUGUCCAGUUUGAGACUGAGGACAGUGCAAACACUGCUAUUGAGGAGCUCAAUGGAUCUGCUGUUGGAGGAAAGGAGAUGUAUGUAGGAAAGUUCGUCAAAAAGAGUGACCGGAUUCUGCCCAGCCCUGAUGAAAAAUAUACAAAUUUGUUCAUCAAGAACCUGGGUCUUGACAUCUCAGAAGAGCAUCUUAGAGAGAAGUUCUCUGAAUUUGGGAAAAUUAUCAGCUUGGUCAUUUCGAAAGAUGAGAAUGGAUGUUCAAAAGGUUUUGGUUACGUGAACUUUGAGAAUCCAGAUGAUGCUAGGAGAGCAAGGGAAGCUAUGAAUGGAUCAAAACUUGGCUGCAAGAUCUUGUAUGUAGCAAGAGCACAAAAGAAAACAGAACGCGAACAGAUAUUGAGGCGUUUGUUUGAGGAGAGAAGGAAGGCGCGACUUAUUAAGUACCAGGGUUCAAAUGUGUACGUCAAAAAUAUCGAUGGUGAUGUCAAGGAUCACGAGUUGCGUGAAUUGUUCAGUCAAUGUGGCAAAAUCACUUCUGCAAAACUUAUGCUAGAUGAAAAAGGAGUCAGCAGGGGCUUUGGAUUUGUAUGUUUUUCCAGACCAGAGGAGGCCAAUAAAGCGGUGAAUACUUUUCAUGGAUUUAUGUUUGGCCAAAAGCCAUUGUAUGUGGCUAUUGCUCAAAGGAAAGAGGAAAGGCAAACUCAAUUACUGCUUAAGCAUGCACAAGGAAUUGCAGGUCUCACCAGAUCUUCCGCUUUUUUCCCUGGUGGAUAUCCCCCUCUGUACUAUCCUGCCCUUGGUGAUCUACAAGUAUCUGAACAACCAGGGCUGCUGUAUCAGCCUCUGAGUAUGAGGCAUGGUUGGAUGGUCAAUGGAUUUGCAAACUCUAUUAGACCUUCUUAUCAAACUUCCUUGAUUCCUAGUGCUUCACAAUAUAGGCAGAAUAGGGGAAAGAAGAACGGACAUAUGCCAGUUCCAGAUGUCCCUUACUGGCAGCAAUCAGUCCAAUCAGUGGCAUCAUCAAAACAAUCUAGCUAUACUCAAAAGGUCAAAUAUGCACCAAAUGGUUGUGGUAUGAAGAAAGGAUGUGUUUUCUCUCCUGGCACCAGUACAAAAGGAUCAUUGUCUGAGGUUUCAGACAACCUGAGUACCAUGCUUACUGCUGCACCUCCUAAGCAGCAGAAACAGAUACUUGGAGACCACCUUUAUCCUCUUAUUAGUCAACACAAGCCCCAUCUUGCUGCAAAGGUUACAGGAAUGCUCUUGGAAAUGGACAACUCAGAGCUUUUAUCAUUGUUCAAGUCACCAGAAUCUCUGGCAGCAAUGGUGCAAAAAGCAGUUGAGAUGCUCAACCUCCCCAAGACUGAAGUUUCCCCUCGAGAUUCAUGUCUUCCAAAUCUUCUCUCUGCUAAGUUGCAGUCAACUUAGCAACGAAUUAUGCACAAUGUUAGAGGUUUCCAUCAAGUUUGUGUCACUAGGAAAUAAAUCUAGCCAAGUGUUAGUUUGUAUGGUGGCUACUUGUAUCAUGAUUUUGUGGCUGUUAAUACUUCUCUGAUAUGACAUGAUAGAAACUAAAACGUUGUAGUUAACGAUACUGCUAUAGCAUUUGGAUUGGCAAUGUUAUG